AGCGGGAGGCGCUGGGCUGCACAGGUUUAGCGCUGGAGGCAGCCGGCGCGAUGUAUCUCCGCAGGGCAGUCUCCAGGACCCUGGCGCUGCCGCUGCGGGCGUCCCCCGGCCCCGUGCCUGUCCGGAAGGACGGACCUGUGCGCUCUCCAGCUUCGUGGGGAUCAACAGCAGUGGGUGGGAAGAUGGACACCAAUCAGCGAGCCAGGAAGGGCGCUGGACGAGCAUCUCUUCGCUGGAUGUCGUCUAAAUUCCCCGGAUCAUCUGGACCAAAUAUGACCUAUUACUUGGUUGUAGGUGUCACAGUCAGUGCUGGUGGAUAUUACAUUUACAAGACAGUUACAUCAAAUCAAGCUAAGCACACAGAACAUAUAACAAAUAUGAAAGAAAAAACCAAAGCAGAGUUACAUCCACUUCAAGGUGAAAAAGAGAACCUUGCGGGAGCUGAGGAAGUAAGUUCAGAAGCCUGUGAAGUAUCGUUAGUGGAAGGUCAGGUGGUUGAUGCUGAAGAUACUCCAGAUGCUACAGCUGCAGUCAUAAAACAAGUUUCCACCUGUCCAGGUCACGUGGAGGCUGCUCCUGUGGAGUCCACUGCAGUCCACCCUGAAACUGGCCCAGAGGUCACAAACGCAGUCACGGGCAAAACCGCAGAAGUUGGCGCUGAAGCGACCUCCGAGGUUACAGGCACAGCUCCGGAUGAAGUUGUUGCCCUCAGGAAUGAUAAAGGCACAGCAAAGAACGAAAGCUCUGAUGACUAUGCUGAACUAGAAGGAGAGUCGUCUCAGGUGGAGUCAGAAUCCUCUGACGGUGCUGAGUCGCAGGAAGAAGCCAGUGUUGGUUCUGAGGCCGUCUCUGCUCAAGGCUAAUCUCAGGCUGAGACUCAGCAAAAAAUGUCAUCGAGUGUCUGAGAGGUGCUUUUCUAGUUUUAGUAAUCUUAGUUUUCUAGAAAAGUUUCAUGUGCCUUGAAGAGUUUUUGUAUAUGCUGAUAGGCUUCAGGAUUGAGAGAUCAUAUACUUUACCUUACUUUAACAUAUGUAAAUCUAGAUUCUUGAGUUUUGAUUCAAACUCAUUUAAAUAAAAAUUGGAAAAUC